AAGUCUGGAAACUCAGGCCAAUUUCGGUGGUGGGGACUGACUCACUUAAUGAAGCAAAUCUGUAGUUUCUUUUAUAGCCACCAGAGUCGCUGCGAUGUAGGAGUCAUGUUAUCGUUGAUUACAGUUCGGGGUUAGGGUCACGUAAAACAGUGAGAUAAACCGUGAGAAAAUGCCGAAAAAGUGUGCCGUUCCGGGAUGUGACACAAACAAAAAAUUAUGCAAAAAAAAAUAUAGUGUUUUUAAUGUGCCGACCGAAGAAAAUCUGCGUGAAAAAUGGGCAGCUGCAAUUCCGGGCAUUCAAUAUUUAAAGUCACAUCAGUAUAUACAUAUGCGAGAGACACUUUAGUGAUGAAUGGGUAGUGCGGAAGUGGGUGAAACAUGAUUCUGAUGGAGAAAUAAUAGUUGAAGUGCCAUAUAAACGUAUUCGCUUGAUGCAUGGUGCUAUGCCCACAAUAUUUGACUCUCAAUCAGCAAAAGACAGUUCAUUAAUAAAGAUUGAUGAAUCAAACAAUGUUCAUGACACAGUGUCUAUUGAUGCAAGCAUUGACGUAAUACACGAAGAUCAAGAUGCUGGUGGGCAAAAUGAGCUUGUCUCAUUAACAGUUAACACUGAACAUCUGCAAGACAACGCUGCUAUUGUUAUGAAUAUCAACGGUGUAACUAGUUUACCUGAUCAAGGUAUUCCUAGCCAAAACGAGGAUAUUUCGAAAGCUGUUUAUACUGACCGGAUUGGUAAUGAAGAGCCAACCGAUAUUUUGAUUGGAAAAGAAUUCGAGGAUACUAAUAUAUCAUCAGCUGCCAAUAGAACUCCAGAAAUAGAGCCAAGCGAUACUAGUAUCGUUUUCCUGCAAUUCAGAGUUACACAUGGAUCCCAGAUUACAUUUUGGUCAGAUCCUGCUUCACCAGAAGAUGUAAUGCUCUCGAGUUCAUGGACCGCAACUACAGCGUUUAACAGUAAAACACAAAAAUUAAUAAUUUCGCAAAUAUCAAUAAACACUGACUCUAGUUCUACUCCGGUCUUGAGUAAAAGCAUCACAAUCGACAGCGAUAGAAUGAUAACAUACUAUGUGCAUGGAAAAGUGGUAAAAGAGAACCAUCAAGAUCUUCCACGAAUUUUAAGCACUCCACAAAGGUUGCAGUCAAUUAUCAUGAAUUUUCAAUCACUACGAGUCUGCGAUAGAUUAGGUUUAAUUAAUGUGGAUUUAAAAGAAACAAAUGCCGCAGUAAAAGAUAAUUUGAACGUUUGGCGCAGUAACAAAUGUUUAUUAAUUGGACAAAGGAAAAAAUGUAACAUGUGUGCAAAAUUGCGAAAACUUCUAAAGCAAAAGGCUUUACGACACGUGAAGCGUGUAACGGUUAAACGCGUACGCGUUUUAUCGAAUUCCAUGGAUCAGAAAAAGCUCAGCAUUCUGCGGAAAAAGAUUAAUGUUGAACGACGUCUGAGGAAUCGUCAAAAGUUUAGAAUAAAAUUACUUACAGAUAGUUUGACACAAAAGCAAGAUGAAUUUGUAGCUUUAAAAGAUCAAUUGUUGGAGGGACGGUGUAACAUGUUUAAUGUUCCAGAAACGCAAAAAAAGUUAUUACAAGAAAUAAUAGCUGCCGCAAAGACGAAAAAUCCAAACGGUCGAAGAUACACAAAGGAGUGGCUCAUGUUGUGUAUAUUAAUGAACGUUCGUUCUCCUGACUAUUACGAUUUUUUAAGAAGGAACAACAUUGUACCUCUUCCCUAUACGAGAACAAUACGCGGUUAUUUGUCCUUGAUUGAUUCUAAGUGCGGCUUUGACGAGAAAUUUUUUCAGUUAUUGAAAAAAAAAAUGCAAUGUAAAAAGCCUAUUCAACGCCAUGGAUUGCUAGUGCUUGACGAGAUAAAUUUAAGAAGAUCCGUUACAGUUUCCUCGAAAAACCUAUGCUACAGUGGAUUAACGGAUUUUGGCGACGAUGGACCGAAAGCGUCCGUCAUAGACGACCAGGCAACACACGGGCUAGUCUUCUUAUUUCAACCUCUCGCCGAUACAUUUACGCAACCAAUAGCUGUUUUUGCAUCAAAAGGUCCAGUUAAAGGUGAGGAGUUAGCGAAAUUGGCGCUGAAGGCAAUAGCUCUUCUAGAAACAUCCGGAGUUUUUAUCCAUGGAAUUAUAUCAGAUGGCGCCCACACAAAUGCAAAAAUGGGUUCAAUUCUCGGAAUCGAAAGAAGUAUUCACAAUACAAAAACUUGGUUUACACACCCGUUGAAUAGUGAAAGACAGGUUUUUGUUUUCUCCGACGUUCCACAUCUCAUAAAAAAUAUUCGUAAUCGUCUUUAUAAUAAGCGACGGCUGCGGUUGAGUGCAAAUAGAGAUUGGGUCGAAUGGAAAUAUUUUGAAAAGUUGUUUGAAGUGGAUACGAUGCAUCCCGGGAAUGCGAGGGCUUGCCCAAAAAUAUCUCAAAACCAUAUUAAAUUAGACAGUGUUAGUAAAAUGCGCGUACGACUUGCAACUCAGAUAUUCAGUAAUUCAGUUGCUAAUGGACUAAGAUUUUAUUCCAGUCACAGGUAUGAUGAGUUCACCGGCUGCGAAGAAACCAUAAAUUCUGUAAACAAAUCAAUGAUAUGUUUGAUGCAUUGAAUCGAAAGAUGCCAAAUCAAGGCCUAACCCUAAAGACGAAAGAUUUCGAGAUAAAAUAAUUUUACAAUCAUCUCUGCAAUGGCUAGAUGACUGGGAAAAUGCUAAAAUUAGAGGCGAUAUUUCAAGGUGAUGAAUUUUUAACAACGGACACAGCUAACGGAUUAAGAUUAUCUCUAAUAUCUACAAUGGACCUUUGCAAAUAUCUCAUUACUAAUUUCAAGUUUGAAUAUUUGCUCACUGGAAAAGUCAAUCAAGAUAAUUUAGAGGCAAUCGUCUCAUCAUCAUAAUAUUAUGCUUUAAUCGGCCUCAUUUUAACUCCUUAAUAGGAAUUAUUGAACUACUCUACAGAAAUUCUUUGGUACAAUACGACAGGCUGCAGGUUCUAACGAUCACCCCAGUUGUUCAACAUUUUUGCAAUUAUACAAACUACUAUCGAUGUACAGUAUAAUUAGGCCGCCGAUUUAUAGCAAUUGUACAAUCACAAACAAUAAGCCAACUGAUAUUUUAUUUUCAAUUGACGAUUUGCUAAAAAUUUAUGGUCGAAAAGAUACGAAGAGUUCACAAGUCAUAAAUAAAUUACGACAUCAAUUGGAUAAACUGAUAGAGCAUGAAGAGUGGGAAAUGGACAAACUUGAAGAUAACGAUUAUGCAUUACCGCAUGUAUUAGACUGCAUUGUGUAUUAUGUCACAGGUUUUUACUUUUAUAACUGUAUUCCUGCUGUACGCUUUGCCCUUUAUAUCUUACGCUUUACAUGUUUUUUUUUUUUUUUAUAAGUAGACUUAGGAACAUCAACAUUCUUCUGCUUUCCCUUACAGAAAUAUAAUACUAUAAGUGAUUA